GCAAAGUGAGCACAUUACAAAGAAUAAGGUGAUCACAUACACAAAUAUAUAUAUAUAUAUAUAAUAAAUACACAAAAAUGUCCCAAAAUCUAAGCCUGAAAACUAGGAUUCAACUCCCAUUCGUGCACUCUCAUUUACUAUUCCCUCCAAAGACCUUUGACUUGCUCCCUUGUAACAAGUGCAUCACAUUCAUACUAUUUAUCUCUUAUUCAAUCACUUCUUAUAGCUUUUAUGCUUCCCAAAUCUCUCUUCAUGCAUUCAAUCCAACAAUGAAGUCUGAUAGUGCAAAGACAAGUCCUUUCUCAAGUCCAAAUGCAGGAGUUUUACUUAAAACCAGAGUGCUUGCUUGGAGUAAAGAGACUGGCUCGCCGGCAAGAGCUUGUGUUCGAGUAAACGGUGAAAUUUUCAAUCUACAUGAGUCACCUUUGAAAUCGAAGUCCGGGUACUUCCAGAAGGCGAUGAUUGAAGGCUUUGACAUUGAGCUGCCAGAGCAGUUCCCGGGUGGUUUGGAGAGCUUUGAGAUGGUAGCCUUAUUUAGCUAUGAGUCCUUGCUUCCUUUUGAUCCAUUCAAUGUCGCUGCUCUUCGAUGCGCUGCGGAGUUCCUUGAGAUGACAGAAAUGUAUUGUUCUGCGAAUCUUUGUGAGAGGUCAGACUUGUAUCUCAACCAAGUGGUGUUGCAGAAUUGGGAUGAUACACUCAUAGUUCUUCAGAAAUGCCAGCCACUGCUCCCUUGGUCUGAAGAGCUUCUGAUUGUGAGUCGAUGCGUGGAAUCUCUAGCUUUCAUGGCUUGCAUGGAGAUACUUGAUCCAGAGGAUAAACGAGACCGGCCAAUAGUCACCACCCUCGAUGCCUUAGCCGGUUGGGACUGCGAGAAAGUGAAGGGAAUAGCUGGUCAAGACCUUUGGAUCAAAGAUCUCAUAGCUUUGCCUUUUGGAUUCUUCCAAAGGAUAAUUGCAUCCAUGAGACGACAAGGCAUGAGGGAGAAGUACGUGAGCCCGGUGAUUAUGUUCUACGCCAACAAAUGGGUGCUUUCGAAGAAGACACAUAAAUUUUGGGAGAACACAGCAGAGGAAGAUGGCAGUGAUAAUGCAGAUAAUAAGGUUUCAAUGAUCUUAGUAGGCAUUAUUGAGUUGCUUCCGGUUGGAGAUAAGGCUUGUAGAGUACUUCCCGCAGCUUUUUACUUUGCCUUGCUUUCCCGGUCACUUACUCUCAGUUUAAGCAUGGAAGGUAGGAUGAAGUUGGAAGAUCAAGCUGCGGCUCUACUGCAAUUUGCACGAGUCGAACAUUUUCUCCUGCCUGAAAAGAAUGUACAGAAUGUUGCAUCAUCUCCAGAAGUGGAAACAAUGGAGAGGAUCAUAUCGAGAUAUGUAACAUCAAAGGAGGAGACCAACUGCAGUGGAUGCACUCCUUUGAUUAAUAAUGCUGUUGUUGCUGAAUUAUGGGAUGCCUAUCUAGUGAAAAUCGCUGCUAAUCCAAAGCUGGGACCGAUAAGAUUCAUGGAACUCAUUGAAACAGUACCAAUUGAGGAUAGAGAAACACAUGAUCAUUUAUACUAUGCGAUGAACACUUUCUUAUCUAAACACAGUGAUUUAUCCAUCGAAGAGAAGUCAUCGGUCUGCAAGUACCUCAAUUGUCAGAAACUAUCACAGGAAGCAUGCAUCCAAGCAGUUCAAAAUGAGCAGAUGCCACUUCGCUUGAUAGUCCAAGCAUUGUUUGUUCAACAAUUGCAAACACACCAGGCCUUCAGAGAAUGUUCAGAUUCUUUCAGGUACAUGCAGAGCAGAGACUUCUCUGGCAGCAUCUCAAGCUCCAGAUGCCAACUGCCAACAAGUCCAACUGUUGAAGACAAGCCAUAUAAACCUACAACCGAAGAUGGAGAAACUCCAGGAAUGUCUCUUUGCUCCCUGCUGCGGCAAGAUAUAGCUGUGCACAAGUCUGAACUUGCAAAGGCAGAAUAUGAGUCAACGAGUUUUAGGAUUCAGGUCCUCGAAGAGGAGCUUACAUCCUUGAAACAGAUCCUUCAUUGCCAAAACACACCAAAGGAAUCAGAUCGAAUAACGCCAGAAACAUUGAGCUUCAGAAUGUUUGAUUCCGAUAAUGGAACAGUGAUCAAGAAAAGGAACCCCAUCUACCAAGUAGGCAGCUGCAUUAGUUCAGUAAGCUGGACUUCUCAACGGAAGUGUGCCCGUCGGCUACUGAAGGUCAUCCGGAGAAUAGCCAUGCUAGGGAAAGGCAAAUCAAAGAUAAAACAAGCUGUUUCUGGCUUUUCAAAUGGCGCAAAUGCUUGUAGAAGCAAGCCCCUGCAUGAAGUUUAUGACUGUUAAGAAGCUAGACAUGAAAACAAAAACAACAUUUGAAAUUAUGUUAGUAAGGCCUUCAAAAUGCAUAAGAGUGCAGUAAGAUGCUUUAUACUUCAUGUAUAUUAACC